AAGGGGAACUGAUUGCACAUGGGGUGCAAAGGGGAGACAUUCCUGGGCAUGCAGAGAGGUGAAGUGUGCUGAGAGCAGUGAGAGAUGGAGGAGGGAUGGGGACACCCCCAAGCACUCAGUGGGGCACUGGUUGGGAUCUGUUCACGUGGGAUGCUCUCUUGAGGGGUGAUGGAGGCAGGAGCAGGGUCUGAAGGCCGGGGGGGCUGCAGUGCAAGGUGGGGUUAGAGGGCUGCAAGUGUCCCCAGGAGCCUCAGAGCAGUCCCUGUGCUUGGAGCCAGGCCCGGAAAACCCCAGGGAGCUGCUGGAGCCUCUGGCUGCCCCUGGCAACGGUGUUGUGCUGCCGCCAUCCCAGCUGCCCGCGUCCUCCGUGCUGGGGAGGCACCAGGAGGGAUGGCCUUGGACCUGGAGGAUUUGAGCAGGGCUUUCCGGGACAAGCUGCAGCUGCCGAUGGUGCUGGUGCCCAGCAGUGUCGCACCACGGCCCUCCACGUGCUUGCUGCUGAAGAGACGGGAGGUGGCGGAGGUGGAGCGGGCGCUGCAGAGGCAGCAGGAGGAGUUCUGGCAGAGGAUGGAGCGUCUGGCACAGAGCCGGCAGCAGCUGGACCAGAGGGAACAGCGGCUCCAGGAUGUUGUCCUCAAAUUCACUGCCUUCCUCAAGGCUUCAGCAGCGAGGCAGGAGCGGGCACUGCAGCGCACAGCAGAGGCACAGGCACAGGCAGCGGAGCAGGAUGCUAAGGCAGCCCACCUGCACCACCAGCUUGCAGGGCUGCAGCGGCGCAGGGACCGCCUAGCCCAGCACCUCCGGAGCCUCCAGUGCUUCCACAGCUACCUGCAGGAUGUGCUGGCCAGGAUGGGGCAGUUCCAGGAUGUCCCGUCCAUGCUGGCCCAUUUCGAGGCACUGCUGGCCCUGCGGGCAGCCCUGGCACAGGAGGCAGAAGCAGGGCAGGAGCGGCUGGCACGGGGCUGGGCACAGCUCCGGGGGUACCGCGAGGAGACUCUCAGUGAGCUCCUGUGCAUCGCCACCGAGGAGGCCCAGCACCACAUGUGCCUGGAGGCUGCCCACCGUGAGGUGCUGCAGGGGGAGUCCUGCUGGGCCCAUGCCCAAAGCACGGCCACCGAGAAGACCCUGGUGCUGGCGCAGAUCAAGCUGGCAGUGCUCAACCUCUUCCACCUCGCCACGGUGCCACUCAAGAUCCACACAGACGUGGCCCUGGAGGACACCGAGGCGCAGCUGGACACGGUGCUGCUCUGCAUGCAGGACCUGGCUGCCAUCUGUGCUGAGCUGCGCCCCAGGCAGCCGGGGCCGUGUCCUGCAGUCACCAGUGUGGCAUCACAGGGGUACCAGGGUGCCACCGAGCCAUGAGUAACCCCCUGGCAGCACUGCUGCCAUGGCCAGCACGGAGCCACAGCAGUGGGAAUGGAGGUCACUGCCUGACACGUCUGGGAACCCCCACAAGAGGCAGUGCAGGUGGCAGUGGCACAGGCCCAGUGGGGUGGCACUGCACUGGGGCAGGGGAUGGGAC